GGCCAGGCCGCCCUUUGCGAGCUGCGCAGCCGCCCGGGUACGCGAAUCGAUUUGCAGUGUGUCGUUGUAGGCGCGGCCGGGAGCAAAUUUGGUACGGACCGGACUUGCAGAAGAUACAGUGAUUGUCACGUCACUUGUCGCCAUCGCUGCAGUCGACGGGGGGUCUACACGUGUAGGUCUCGAGCACGCCGGGAUUGUGGAGGGGCAGCGUAGUGCCACAUAGGAUGGGACCUCCCACUCGGGAGCAAGACCCGCGGCAUCUCCGUACCUCGCUAUUGGUAAGGACGCGCUGUCAAGGCCAGCCGCAAACGGUUGGUACCUUGGUGGCCGCCCGGACAAGCAAUUUAUCGCGCUCAAAUCCUAGCAGCUCCCUUCGUUGCGCUAUCUCUUGUCUCGGGAGACCUUCCCUCCCUCUUUUACCUCUGGCGCUCCUGCCCGCAACUCCGCCAAGCUGCCAGCUGGUUCUAUUUUCUGGCUUUCUUGCUGCUGCAUCCCUCCUGUUGCUGUUGUUCUCGUUUGUUUUUGCCACGGCCUCGGACGCAUCAUACAUUGAAUAAGAUAUCAAGAUAUCCGCCUGCGACGCUGCAACUCGGCUGGCCCGUUA